AGCAAGCCCCAUUGCCAGCAACCAAGCUUACUCCCAGCUCUCUCCGUCCAACGAUUUCUUCCAUUCUCCAAGACUGAGGCCUUCUCAGGGCAUGAUGGCUUCUCACCAGCCUCCGCUGUCGGGGAAACCCGGGCUGCUGAGUUUGCGCGGAAAGAGCGGCAGCGUGGAUUCUGACUUGCAGUUCCUGGGGCUGAAUAACCACCAGCACGAGACAGACUCCAUUCGGGCCAGUCUCAGCUUCACCAGCAAGCCCCCCCGGACCUUCUGCAGCCCGCCCGAGCCCACCCCGCCUCUCCUGGGCUCACACACCAGCCCCGGGGCUUUCAUCCUUCCAUCCCACCCCUUCUCUUCCCCCCGGCACAGCCCGAAGCACGCCUCCCCGCCUGCGGACCAGCUGAAGAAGUCCCCGGGCCACGGGAUCAGCUUCUCAAACUCCUGGCCCCUGAAGAGCUUCGACGGGCUUCUGAAGCCUGCGCCCCAGAAGAAGUUCUCCGGCCCAGUCGCAGCGGGGGAUGCAGGUCAAAGUCCAG